AUGUAUAUAAAAUUUCCAGAAAAUUUGGGUCAGUUUUUUGAACCUACUUCAGAAUCAGAGUAUGAUGAAACAGAGGAGGAUUUAUACUCUGAUGAAGAAUUAGAAAAUACAAGUAAUGAAGAUACCAUAUCUACAGAUUCUAAUAAAACUCUUUCAAUAGCCUUAAAAGAUCUUGUUAAAAAACUCUAA